AUGUAUGAUGUCACAAACAUCCUUGACAUAUGUCAACUUGAAGCUGACAAGCACAAGGAAUCUAAAUGUGGUAGCAUGGUAGAGACGGCUUCGGGAUGCUUGCAACCAUUGCUCCUCUGCCUGCGGAAUCCUCUAUUUACGCACAAGAUAGGAAGCCGCAUCAAGGAGCUGAACCAGCAGCUAGAAGACAUCCACAAGGAGGUGGACAAGUACAUGUUCAAUAUUGGCCUUGGUUCCAACCCAGAGCCAAGAAAUCUAACUGCUGCUGAGUUAUCCAGCUCUAGGACAAGUUCAAAGUUCGACAAGCGGCAUGGCCUAAGGAUAAUAAUCGAAAAUGCUGGGGGAGACCAUGGUGGGAAGCACAACAAAAGCACUCUGACGGAGACCCUCAUCAACAACCUAUCAACUGGCAGGUUUCUGCUGGUGAUGGAUGAUGUGUGGAGUCAUGAUGCAUGGAACCAUGUGCUUAGUGUCCCAGUCAGAAAUGCCAGCAAGAAAUUACCUGGAAGCCGGGUCCAUGUCACUACAAGAUCUGCACACUUACCUCAACAGAUGCAAGCCCCCCUGCACCAACAUCGUGUUAGGCCUCUAGAGAAUGAUGAUGCUUGGUCAUUGCUCAAGAAGCAGCUGCAGCCUAACCAGGUAGCCGUAAUUGAUCAACUGAAAACUAUUGCGAUGGAAAUUAUUGAAAAUUGUGAUGGCUUACUAGUUGCAAUUAAAAUGAUUGGAGGUCUCUUGAGCACAAGAUACCCAAGUGAAGAAAUCAUUAGAGAUGUAGUAACUCAAAUGUGGAUUAGUGAAGGAUUUAUCCAAGCUUUGGAUGGUAGUAGUACUAUUUCACAAGAGUAUGAGUUCGAGGAGAUGGCAACUGAGUCCUACCGAGAGUUAAUAAAGAGGAACCUUAUACAACCUACAAAAGAAUAUUCUCUCACUGGAUACGGGUGCACCAUGCAUGAUGUGGUCCGCACUUUUGCUGAAUAUGUGGCAAGAGAAGAACCAUUAGUGGUGAUUGGCAGAGAACAGGCUGCUACCGGUGGUGUUGGUGGCGGUGGGAUUCAUGUCCGUCGCCUCUCUGUAGAACAAACCGUAUCAGUAGUGGAAUGGGGCAUUCUGCAAAGGCGAGAAUCACAUAGGACAUUAAUUAUAAAUUCUAGAGUAAACUUUGAUCUUCCUGGUUUUUUGCUAGGUAGUUUCUCUUGUCUGCGCGUACUGUACAUAUGGUCUGCUAACUCAGAUACCUUGGUUCCCUCUCUAUCAAAGCUGAAGCACUUAAGAUACCUUCACCUAGAGGAUACUGAUAUAUCUAGACUACCAGAUGACAUCCACAAGAUGAAGUUUCUACUUUACAUUAAUCUACUUGGCUGUAAGAAAUUGGGCCACCUUCCUAGCAAAAUCAUUAAACUUGUGCAUCUAAGAUCUCUUGACACCAGUAGUUCAAAUAUCGGUGUAGUGCCCAAGGCUUUUGGUGGGUUAACAAAUCUAAGGUUAUUUUAUGGGUUCCCAGUACAAAUGGACAUGGAUGCUAGUGGUAGUAGCGGUUGCAGUUUGCAAGAGCUGGCACCUCCUUCUCAGCUUAGAAUUGAAAGCUUACACUCAUCAGUAGAGUUUAAGAGCCUGAGAUAUUUAUGGCUGCAGAACCUGCCUUGCUGGACCCAUCUCCCUGAUGGUCUGUGCUGCCUCCCAAGUUUAGAAAUGCUUACCAUCAUAGAUGCGCCAGCCAUCAAGCGUAUUGGGCCCCAAUUCCAAGCGUCAUCCUCCAUGGCAGCUGGAGGUUCCACUGCUAGUACAUCUGCACCGUUUCCUAAACUGAGACAGCUGUAUUUGGAUGGACUAUGUGAGUGGGAGGAGUGGGAUUGGAACGACUGUGAGGAGCAUAGGGACAUGGAAACUACCAUAGCCAUGCCUUGUCUUAGAGAACUAUACCUGUACGAGCUCUCCAACCUGACACAUGUGGAGAACUUCCCUUCAGUUGUGGAUCUUGAUGUGUUUGACUGCCCUGAGCUGAAGAGGAUCAGCGGACUCCCCAUGUUGCAGAAGAUUAGGAUCGUUCACUGCACAAAGCUGGAGGUUCUAGAAGGUGUACCAGCACUCGACAGCCUUGAACUGGAGGACCCCACCAUGGACACGCUUCCGGAAUACCUGCGAGAUGUAAGCCCAAGGUAUCUCGAGUUGAUUUGCAACAAGAAGCUACAUGCAUCCUCCUUAACACCUGGUAGCUCUGAAUGGAACAAGAUCAGCCACAUUAAAAAACACAACAUUGUCUGCAUCAGAGAUUGA